AUGGCGGGGGCCGAGCGGACGUCCCCGGAGCUGGCGGCUUCGGAAGAGCGGGCGGAGCUGCCGCCCGCCGUGCGCGCGAACAUCGAGCGGAAGCGGCAGCGGGCGCUGAUGCUGCGCCAGGCCCGGCUGGCGGCCCGGCCCUACCCGGCGACAGCGGCUGCGGCCACUGGAGGCAUGGCUAAUGUCAAAGCAGCUCCAAAAAUAAUUGACACAGGAGGAGGCUUCAUUUUAGAAGAGGAGGAAGAGGAAAAAUGUAAACUUGCCAAUGUUAUUCAUCAACCAGGACCUGUUAUGGAGUUUGAUUAUGCAGUAUGUGAAGAGUGUGGGAAAGAAUUUAUGGAUUCAUAUCUUAUGAACCACUUUGAUUUGGCAACUUGUGAUAACUGCAGAGAUGCUGAUGACAAACACCAGCUUAUAACCAAAACAGAAGCAAAGCAAGAAUACCUUCUGAAAGACUGUGACCUAGAGAAGAGAGAGCCAGCUCUGAGGUUCAUUGUGAAGAAGAACCCUCAUCAUGCACAGUGGGGCGACAUGAAACUCUACUUAAAACUGCAGAUUGUGAAGAGGUCUCUUGAAGUUUGGGGUAGUCAGGAAGCACUGGAAGAAGCAAAGGAAGUGAGGCAGGAAAACCGAGAAAAAAUGAAGCAGAAAAAGUUUGACAAAAAAGUAAAAGAACUACGGAGAGCAGUAAGAAGCAGUGUGUGGAAAAGAGAAACAACUGCACACCAACAUGAGUAUGGACCAGAAGAAAACUUAGAUGAUGACAUGUACCGUAAGACUUGUAUUUUGUGUGGCCAUGAACUGACAUAUGAAAAAAUGUGAUUUUUAAAAAUUUAAAAACGUAUUUUAUAUAUAUUUAAAUUGUUCCCAUUCAAAAUUUACUACAAUGUAGUCUUCAUAGAUACAAUACUUGAAUAAAAUAUUGCUUUAGAACUUGG